CCAAAAAACCAAAAAAGGAGGAAAAGGGUUUCGUAGUGCGGUCACAGCCGGAAAAGGGGGAUGGCGGAUCAGACGGCGAAGGGCGAGGAGUUCGAGAAGAAGGCGGAAAAGAAGCUUGCUGGCUGGGGGAUCUUCGGAUCCAAGUACGAUGAUGCGGCUGAGUUGUUCGACAAGGCCGCCAAUUGCUUCAAGCUUGCUAAGAACUGGGAUAGAGCUGGUUCAGUGUACAUCAAACUUGCUAACUGUCAUUUAAAGUUAGAUAGCAAGCAUGAAGCUGCCUCAGCUUAUGUAGAUGCAGCAAAUUGCUAUAAGAAAAUCUCCGUUCAAGAUGCUUCACAGUCAUUAAGUCAGGCUGUGAAACUUUUCUUGGAGAUUGGUAGAUUAAAUAUGGCUGCAAGAUACUGCAAGGAACUUGGUGAAUUAAAUGAGCAAGAACAGAAUUUAGAGAAGGCCAUGGACUACUUUGAGCAGGCUGCUGACCUUUUUCAAAGUGAGGAAGUGACUACUUCUGCAAACCAAUGCAAGCAAAAAGUUGCACAAUUUGCGGCUCAGUUGGAACAAUACCCAAAAGCCAUUGAAAUAUAUGAAGCAAUAGCACGCCAUUCAAUAAAUAACACUCUUCUUAAGUAUGGUGUUAAGGGGUUACUCCUUAAUGCUGGCAUAUGUCAGUUAUGCAAAAAUGACGUUGUUGCGGUGACAAAUGCAUUAGAGCGAUAUCAGGAACUCGAUCCUACUUUUUCAGGCACACGUGAAUACAAGCUUUUAGCUGAUUUAGCUGAUUCAAUGGAUGAGGGAGAUGUUGUGAAAUUUACUAAUGCCCUCCAAGAAUAUGAUAGCAUGACUCGGCUGGAUCCAUGGAAAACCACACUUCUGCUGAGAGUGAAGAAUGCAAUUAAAGCAAAGGAGGAGGAAGACGAUGAUCUCACCUAAGGCCCACUUGUAAUCACUGUUCAUGUUUUCGUCUGUAUUUGGUGAUUUCUUGGUGGCCAUGGUUUGUGUGUGAAGAUUGGAUGCAAGGAUCUGAGGACUUGUGAUGCUUUUGGGUUCGCUAUGUUGUACUUGGAAAUACUAUGGUUUUCUCCAUCGUAUCCACGGGAGGUGGCUACACAUCACAACAGUUCACUAAGAGCGAGCAUCUGAUUUCAGUUUGAA